AUGUAAACCAGGAUUAAUUACAGAGAUGAAUCAAACAACACAAACAGCUUUGGGGUAUGCGUUUAGUCCUAAAAUUCUUAAAAGGACUUGAUAAAUCCAAAUAUGCCUUAUAGUCAAAAAUCCUAUACUUCUGUUAAUCAAAUAAACUAUGAUCUCCAUCGCAGAGUAUUUGGUUAAGAAUUGUCCAACUACAAUACUGUGCCUGUUAGCUCUAAUAGCUAGAGCUAGAAAACUAUUGGAAUGUCAUAAGGAAGUUAAUAGAAUUAAGCUAAAAAAAUGAGCACUUAAACUGAAGAAGGAGGUAUGAAAUAUUAUGAAAAAAUUUAUAGAGGAAUGUAAGUGCAGUAACAACAAUAAUAGUAUCAAAAACAAUCUUACUACCCUUAAAAAGGUCCUUCUUAGUUCUUCAGCAAUAAUGGAGGAGCCUAAAUCGCGUAGAUAGGACAAAUGCAAGAUCACCAAAACAAAGAUGCAAGAAAAAGAAACGAAUAAAUAGAGAGCAGCGAUAUGCCUAACUUUAAUCCCAAGUUUAACGUUCUUGAUGCAGCAAUUUAUAAAGGAGAUUUUGGCUUAGAUUUAAAUACAUAACCUCAUACAACUACAAACGCAAUCUCAUCUAAAAGCUAACAAAGAUUGAUAUCCGAUUAAGAUAAUUCAAAUUUUAGCACGACUAAUAGUUCAAAUGAUAACUUUGAAAUUUAAACACUUAACAUUGAAAACGCCAAAACCAGGGGUUAAAAAGAAAUUGAAAGAUAGUACACAAAGAUUUUUAAUGAAGACAAGCAAAAUCCUUGCAAAGUUGCUUAAUAUUCUCGUGAAAUAUUUUAAUUUCUUAAAUAAAAAGAAAAAUAAAUCUUGAUCAAUAAAAAUUACAUGGAAGAAUAGAAUGAUAUUUCAGAGCAUAUGAGAUGGAUCCUUAUUGACUGGUUGAUCGAAGUCCACUAUAAAUUCAAACUCCUCUAGGAAACUCUCUUCAUCGCUGUUUAUAUUAUUGAUAAAUACCUAUCUUUUACUAAAAUUAAGAGAUCUAAAUUACAGACUAUUGGCAUUACUGCGCUUUUCAUAGCUGCAAAGUAUGAAGAAAUUUAUCCUCCUGAACUGAGAGAAUUCUCAGAUAUAACUGAUAGAGCUUGCUCUAAAGCAGAAAUAUUAUAAAUGGAAGGCGAAAUUAUCAACGCUUUAAAUUUCCAAAUUACUGUACCUUCUUCCUAUAGAUUUGCAGAGUGGUAUACUCGCUUAGCUGAAUUAUCACCAUAAGAUCAAUGUUUGGUCUUCUAUUUUAUCGAAGUUGCCCUUCUUGAUACUCGUUUUUUAAAAUACUCUCCAAGUAAUAUUGCUGCCUCAGCUGUUUAUAUGGUUAAUAAACUCAACAAAUCUGAAAACUGCUGGUCUGACCUUCUUGAAAAGGACAGUGGAUAUAACGAAUAAAAAUUACGUCCAUGUGCUAAAGAUUUAAUAUUCAUAUAAUAAAAAUUAUAAACAAUUCAAUAAAAAGCUGUCACUACAAAAUAUAAUCGUCCAUAAUUCUAUAAAGUAGGCUCAAUAGUCCUAUUUACCAAAUAAGAUAGUCAUCCUAAUUAAACAAAAAACUAAAACUCAACUGACAGUGAUCUUCCUCAUAAAUAGUAAGGAAAAAACCAACACAUGUUGCUUGUACAAAAAGAAAAUUCAUCCAAAAUUUAUUAAAAUAUUUUUAAUGAUAAAGAUUGA